AUGGGCAACAAGCAGACUGUGUUUAGUCACGAGCAGCUGGAGGAAUACCAGGACUGUACUUUCUUCACGAGGAAGGAGAUCAUGAGGCUGUUCUAUCGGUACCAGGACUUGGCCCCUCAGUUGGUGCCUCUUGACUAUACCACCAGCCCCGAGGUGAAGGUGCCCUACGAGCUGAUCGGCAGUAUGCCGGAGCUAAAGGAUAACCCUUUCCGCCAGAGGAUUGCUCAGGUUUUCUCUCAAGAUGGGGAUGGUCACAUGACCUUAGAGAACUUCUUGGAUAUGUUCUCAGUGAUGAGUGAGAUGGCUCCACGGGACCUGAAGGCCUACUAUGCUUUUAAGAUUUAUGACUUCAACAAUGACAACUACAUCUGCACAUGGGACCUGGAGCAGACAGUGACCAGGCUGACCCGUGGGGAGCUGAGUGUGGAGGAGGUGACCCUGGUCUGUGAGAAGGUGCUGGAUGAAGCAGACAGUGACCAUGACGGGCGGCUGUCCCUAGAGGACUUCCAAAAUAUGAUCCUGCGAGCCCCAGACUUCCUCAGCACCUUCCACAUCCGCAUCUGA